AUGAUUGCGGCAGCUGUAGCUGCAUCUAUGGAAAAGGCCUUUGCUAAAUCGUUCCAGUCGGAACAGGAUGCAUCUAAGCCUAUCCCCAAGCGGGCUCAUUAUGGGGCGGAUUCUGAGGACUCUGAUUCUUCCAGAGAACGCUCCCACCCUCCUAAGCGCCACUGGAAAGGUGAAGCCAUGGGACCACGUAAGUCCAAAGGAAAGGCCCUUGCUAAAUGCAAAAGAGCCACGAGCCUUUCGGCCCAAAGACCCGCUCAGGCUUCCUCUGGGGAAGAAGACGAAGGGCCAACACAUGCACUUGUCAUGGUUGACGAAUGGCAGGCGGCAGCCUCCGACCAAGAGGAAUCCGACUGGGACUCCGCUGCCAACUCUGACCCUUAUCUUGUAAGGGAACAGACCCUGG